GGUGCGCGCGGGGGAGUUACUUCAGGAAUGUCAGUGGGAAUGUGGAGUUUGUCGUCACGCUCCGUUCUGACACCGUGAACACUGCUGUGAAAACAUUAAUGACAUAAAGAGGACGGUGUCCAUAGUGUGUGUGUGUGUGUGUGUGUGUGUGUGUGUGGUCACUCAGGGAAGGGAAGAUAAAGAAUGGACGCCGUGGAUGGAGUGUUUUACUCCAGCAGGCAGGCAGGGGUCAGUAAUCCCCUCCUGGACCAGCUGCCCAGUUACCAGUCUCUGCUGUACAGGAGGAAGUCCUCAGGCAGCAGUAAGAGGCGCAGUUCCGCACGGGGCCACUACAGCUCAACAAGCAGCUCCUCAGAAGUUGGGGCAAGUGGAGAGGGCAGGACCAUAGGAGGGGGUGGGCUUCAGGACAGGAAAUGGGCAUACGGGAGGGGGGACAGAAUCAUUCGUGGAACCACAGAACAUAGACCUGCUCGAGAACUUCCAUGGACCAUGGAGGAGAAACGCAAACAUAGGGAGCUGCAGCAGGACAGAGAGCUGGGUGUGUGUUCUCCGUGGAGAAUCAGCACUCGUCACUAUCUGAAGAGGAUGAAGGAGGACAGCAUGGUGUUAAUGAACACACUGCAGCUCUGGAGGAGUGAUAUACACCUUAUAGAGGGUAUGUUUGGUACAGGGAUCCUGUCAUACUUCUCAUUCCUGCGCUUCUUGGUUCUCCUGAACUUUGUGAUGUUCCUGCUGAUGUUCACUUUUGUCAUGUUGCCCAUCAUCGUGUCCAAGCACACAUCGUCCAUCAACUCCACUCUGACGGUGGGGGGUGCAACAGGGAGUGAGUGCAGUGUUUACUCCCACUCCUCUUCUCAGAAGGGACUGGUCAUGUUCCACCAGCACAUCAUCGACCUACUGUCUGGCACGGGCUUCCUGGAACACACCUACCUGUUUUAUGGUUACUACAAUGUGGAGACAGUCAACGUCUCAAACUUCAGCUAUAACCUGCCAUUAGCCUACGUGCUCUGCACCAUCACCUACCUGCUGCUCAGCCUAAUCUGGAUUGUUAAGAGGUCAGCUGCAGGCUUUAGGAGGAAGCUGAUUCAGGAUGAAGAUCGUUUCCAGAGUUUUUGUAAUAAGAUCUUUGCUGGCUGGGAUUUCUGUAUAACUAAUGAGAAUGCAGCACGAUUAAAACACAGCAGCCUGCUGUAUGAACUCAAGACGGAUCUGGAGGAAGAGCGGAUCAGACAGAAGAUGGCCGAGCGUUCCCAGAAAGAAAAAUGUCGUAUAUACUCCAUCCGAGUCGCCCUCAACCUUUUUGUGAUUGCUGUGCUUGUCUGCUGCUUCUACUGCAUCUACACUGCCACCAUCUUCUCCCAGCAGGCUCAGGCUCAGGAUACACGGUAUAACUUCAUAGUUGAGUUGAUAUUUGAGUAUCUGCCCUCCAUUGUCAUCACACUGGCCAACUUCAUCACUCCGAUCAUCUUCAGCAUCAUCAUCAGCUUUGAGGAUUAUUCUCCUGCCUUUGAGAUCCGCUUCACACUUCUCAGGUGUGUGUUUAUGCGUUUGGCCAGUAUCGGAGUCCUGUUGUUCUCUUUGUGGUCUCAGAUCACCUGCUUAUCAACAGGGGACAGGCCGUGUCCCUGUGGAUACAACCAUACACUUUACCCUUGCUGGGAGACCCAUGUAGGGCAGGAGAUGUACAAGCUGAUGAUCUUUGAUUUCCUGAUCAUCGGGGCAGUCACUGUCUUUGUUGAGUUUCCCAGAAAGAUCCUGGUGAAUCACUGUGACUGGGGUUUGGUAAAGUGGUUGGGUCAGCAGGAGUUCUCCAUCCCCCAGAACGUCCUGGAGAUUGUCUAUGGGCAGACCAUCUGCUGGAUUGGCACAUUCUACUGCCCCCUGAUGCCUGCCAUCAGUACCAUCAAGUACUUCCUUGUCUUCUACAUCAAGAAGGUGACUCUGGUGAAUAACUGUCGUCCUGCGUCUCGUCCAUUCCGUGCCAGCAGCUCCAACUUCUUCUUCCUGGCAGUGCUGCUGAUUGGGCUGGCACUUGCUACACUUCCUGUUACAGUCAGCAUCGCACAGAUUCGUAGCUCAGGGGCAUGUGGAGCGUUUAUGAACUACAGCACGUCGUGGGAGGCCGUACCUCGUUCAGUGUCUCAGCUACCCUCAGGACUGCAGUCUGUCUUCAAUACACUCGCUUCAGAGGCCUGUGCUGUUUCCUUCUUCGUCAUCACCUGUCUGGCAAUGUUCUAUGUGAUUGCAUUAGCUGGAGCUCAUAAACGUGUCAUCAAUCAACUGAGAGAUCAACUGGCCAUGGAGGGAAGAGAUAAGCGGUUUCUGAUGCAGAAAUUGUGUCAAGCGCAGUCUAAUCCUCGUUGCCGUGGGAGCCAGAAGCCCAGCAGCUCCAGCGUGUACAUGAUUGCCCCGCCCACUGAGACGCAUACAUAACAUAACUCUUCUCUUAUUAACAUAAUGAGCUUAACAUAAUGAACAUAAUGAGUCUGAUUGUUUCAGGCCAUCAUGAGCUCGUACCCACUCUUAGUGCAAAACAAGCUGUUAAGGACUCAGUGUCUAAUUGGUGGAAUCACUGCUAAACGCUUUUCUGAUUGGACCAAUCCAUGACCAUUCCCACUAUAAUUUACUGUAAGAAAUCAGUCAGUAUUGGUUAAACUGUUACAUUCUACAUUUUCAUUUCAUUGUUUUGUGUGUUUAUCAGGAACAUACCUAAAAUUCCUAUACUUUACGAUGUGAGUGUGAGUGAGUGAGUGAGUGUGUUUGUGUGUGUGUGUGAGUGUGGGAGUGAGUGAGUUUGGGAGUGAGUGAGUUUGGGAGUGAGUGAGUGUGGGAGUGAGUGAGUUUGGGAGUGAGUGAGUUUGGGAGUGAGUGAGUGUGGGAGUGAAUGAGUGAGUGAGUGAGUGUGGGAGUGAGUGUGGGAGUAAGUGUGGGAGUGAGUGAGUUUGGGAGUGUGUGAGUGAGUGUGGGAGUGAGUGAGUUUGGGAGUGUGGGAGUGAGUGAGUGUGGGAGUGAGUGAGUUUGGGAGUGUGGGAGUGAGUGAGUAUGGGAGUGAAUGAGUGUGGGAGUGAGUGAGUGUGGGAGUGAGUGAGUGUGGGAGUGAGUGAGUGUGGGAGUGAAUGAGUGUGGGAGUGAGUGAGUGUGGGAGUGAGAGUGUGGGAGUGAAUGAGUGUGGGAGUGAGUGAGUGUGGGAGUGAGUGAGUGUGGGAGUGAAUGAGUGUGGGAGUGAAUGAGUGUGGGAGUGAGUGGGAGUGAGUGAGUGUUAGUGUAAGUGAGUGUGAGUGAAUGAGUGAGUGAGUGAGAGAGAUGGUCUCAGUUCAAUUGUAAGUGACUUCACAUAGAGGGAGUAUUCGAUACACUUAUAUUCUGUGUCUCUUUUCUGUGAGUAUUAAAUGAUAUUUAUUUAACGUGUUGAGACUGUGGGAAUGAAACAAACACAAUAAUCCCAUUUCAGUGUGAGUAAUCCUGUUUUUUCAUUCACUCACUGGACAAAUUAGUUUUUUCUUUAUGUUUCAUUGAUGAGUUCAAUACAAUUUAUUUGCAUAGCACUUUUAACAACUCACAUUGUCUCAAAUCAGCUUUACAGAAGUCUAGUAACAGAAUAAAAGUGAGUUAAAUGAG